UUAAACUUAUCCUCACAAAAGUACAAUUUCUGGUUGACCACUACCUGCAAUUUCUGGGAGGUUAGUUUUCUUCCCAUGAAUGUUUCCUAGAAACGUUGAUGCAAUUGCCCGUUUAACUCAACCAGUCAAUAGAAAUUUCCACCGAGCUUCGCAGAUCAGUAACAUCAUUUCUGAAAUUCUUCUUUAUCUUAUCGUGCAUAUAAGCCAAUAAAGAAAGAGAAAGCUGAGCUUUGUAUUUCCUGCUUUUGAGUCUCUGGUUUACUCCGUUUCUUGGGUUCUGAACUUAUUGGCUUCCAAGUUUAGAGGUAACUUGAACAAGUUGUCUGAUUUUGGUGUUGGGUUUUGUUGCUAAGGAUCAAGAAUGGGAGGACCAGAUUUUGGAGGGGCUGGUCUAGGAGCACUGUUUAAUGUGUUGUAUGAUGGCCUCAAGGAGCUGAUCGGCAAGAAUGUCAUAUAUAAAAGCCUCUUCAAAGCCAUCAUAGCAAGGUUAGACAGUUUACACCCAUUGAUCAAAGAAAUAGAAAAAUACAACAAGGAUUUGGAUCUCCCAGAUAAGGAACUAGAAAAUCUGAAAGUAGGGAUGGAGAAGGGCAUAGAGCUGGUCCACAAGUGCUCAAAGAUUCGUGCGUGGAACAUUUAUAAAAAGUACAAAUAUGCCAACAAACUUCUUGAUUGGAACGAAUCUCUUCUAGGGCUUUUAGAUAUGCUGAAUGUGCAGGGCAUAAGGGAUGUGAAGGGGAGCUCGGUUUCGGUGAGGAACAUAGAGAAGGUGGUCAGCCGAAUUGAAUCAAGUUUGGUGUUACAAUAUCAAGAUGAGACUGAAGUUUGGGGUGCAGCACCUGAACUUCCGGCGCUUGUAGUUGGGUUGGAUUUUCCUUUGAAGGAGUUGAAGAGGAAGCUUCUUAAUCUUAAAGAUGGGGUGUCAAUGCUUGUUCUGACCGCUCCUGGAGGAUGUGGCAAGACCACUUUGGCAACAGCAUUUUGUCGAGAUCAGGAAGUCAAAGAUACAUUCCGGGACAAUAUCUUCUUUGUCACUGUUUCAAGCAACCCCAACUUGGAACGUAUUGUUCAAGAACUUCAUCGAUGCAGGGGUUCCAAAGUACCUACUCUCGGAAAUGAAGUAAAUGCAGUUAAGUGGCUGCACCAUUUUCUCAAGGAACAAGGACAAAAUCCUUUACUGUUGGUCCUGGAUGAUGUUUGGUCUGGAUCAGAAUCCCUUCUGGAGAAGUUUGAUCAAUUUAAAAUGCCAAAUUACAAGCUUUUGGUGACAUCAAGGUCUGAGUUUCGGGGAUUUGGCUCUCCAUAUUCUUUACAGUCAUUGGAUUAUCACAAUGCAAUGAAACUUUUUCAUCAUUCAGCAUCCUUGGGAGAUAAGAGCUCUCUUAUUCCACAAGAUCUUUCAAGACAGAUGGUAGAGCGUUGUAAGGGAUUUCCACUAGCCAUUAAAGUGCUUGGGAGAUCACUUUGCGGGCAGCCUAUAGAGAUCUGGAAAAAGAGAGUAAUUGAAUGGUCUAGAGGUUCUACUGUUCAUGAUUCAGAGGCUGAAUUGCUUCUUUGUCUCCAAAGCAGCUUAGAAGCAUUGGAUAAAGAAAUGGCUAUCAUAAAGGAAUGUUUCUUAGACCUGGGUUCAUUUCCUGAAGACCAAAGAAUCCCUGCUGCUGCCCUCAUUGAUAUAUGGGGAGAGUUAUAUGAUCUAGAUGAAGACACAGAGUGCAUUGCAAACCUCUACGAGCUCACCAAGCGUAGUCUCGCUAAUCUUGUAGUCACAAGGAAGGAAAAUAUGGAGGGGGAUGAGUACUACAAUGAACACUUUGUUACCCAACAUGAUAUUCUUAGAGAGCUAGCUAUCUACUACUCAAAACUAGAACCAGCCGAACAGAGAACAAGACUGAUUAUAGACAUACGAGGAAACAAACCUCCCAAGUGGUGGAGAGAACAGAAGCAUCAAUUGAUGAAAGCUCGCCUGUUAUCUAUCUCAACAGACGGUGUAUUUUCAGGAAAAUGGCACAACAUGCAAGUACCAGAAGUUGAGGUUCUAGUCUUGAAUUUCCAGACAGAGAACCAUGCCUUACCCGAAUCUGUGGAGAACAUGGAUAAAUUGAAGGCUUUAAUAGUCACAAAUUAUGGUUUCUUACCAGCUGAGUUAAGUAACUUUCAACUUCUGAGCUCGUUAUCAAAUUUGAAGAGAAUCAGAUUAGAACGCAUCUCAAUUCUUUCCAUAACCAAGAACCCCAUAGAAUUGAAGAGUCUGCAGAAGAUAUCCUUGUUCAUGUGCAAUAUCGGUCAAGCUUUCAGCAACUGCUCCAUCCCAAUCUCAUCAGCAUUCCCGAAUAUAGAGGAAAUGAACAUUGACUAUUGCCAUGAUUUGGUGGAAUUGCCUGCCGAGCUCUGUGGUCUUAGUCAACUAAAGAAGCUCAGUGUCACCAAUUGUCAUAAGCUAUCUGCCUUGCCUGAAGAGAUUGGAAAGUUGACCAAGUUAGAAGUGUUGAGGCUAAAAUCCUGUACAGACCUAGUAAAACUUCCAGGCUCGAUGAAGAACCUCAAAAAGUUAGACUUUCUUGACAUAUCUGAUUGCUUCAGCAUUAGGGAGUUGCCUGAAGACAUUGGUGACAUAAGCAAUUUAAGAAAGAUCAACAUGAGACAGUGCUUAAGGUUGGAAGAGCUACCUCUAUCUGUUUUGGAUCUUGAGCAGUUAAAGGAAGUGAUCUGUGAUGAAGAGACAAAAUAUUUAUGGGAAUCUUUCUCAUCUCACCUAAACAACGUAAGCAUAAAUGUGGCCAAAGAAAAUAUCAAUCUUAAUUGGCUUCACCACACCAAAAUCUGAAACAUGUAGUUUCUCAAUGAUUGUCUGUAACCUGUGUGAUUUGUUUUUCAUUGUUUUCCUAUUUUCCCUGUAUUUUUAUUUUUUCAAUGUUUUCCUUCUGUUUUUGUAAAUAGAAUGAGAUAAGAAUAUUGCAGGUAAAAUCAAUGUAAUAAACCAACUGUGCAAUACUUUCACA